AUGAGCAACACAGAUGGCAUGAAGGAGGAAUCUCCUGUGGAAGAAGCUCUCAGUCGCUUCUGGAAAGAUGAAAAAUUCCAUGAUAUCAAACUGAAAUGCACUGAUGGGGUCAUCAUCGCAUCGAAUCGUUAUGCCCUUUCCUUUCGAAGUGAAGUCUUUGAAAGAAUGCUUCUUGGUCAUUACAAAGAAUCUUCCAGCAAUGAAGUGGAAGUGCAAUACACUGGGAAAGUUAUGGAAGCCCUUGUGGAAUACAUCCAUACUGAUGGCACUGGGCUUGUUACUGUAACAAGUGGAACAAAACGCAAGAGCCCAGAGUGUGACAAGAUCAGCGAAGAGAAAAAACAGGAAACGAUUACAAUGUUGUCUUUGAUGGAAGCAUCCCAUUUCUAUCAGCUCCCCAAGCUGCACAAGAAAGCCUUCAAUGCCAUCGUUCAUUCACUGAAUGAGAUGCCCACACUAUCGUUCAUUGUCCUGGAAACAUGUCAGGAAUCCACCAUCCUAGAGGGAGCCAUGACCCUUGCCCUCACCAUUGUUCGAACUAAUCAAGAAUGCAUUAAACAUGGCAACACUUGGGUGGCAGCCAUGAAAGCUACUAUACUAGAAGAGAUUGUCAAAGAUGACACAAAGACAAAACGGGACCAGUACCUUCUAUUUGAAAUCAUGCUGGGUUGGGUUGGGUCAGAUGAAGAGAAAAAGAAAUAUGCGCAGGAGCUCAUCCAAAAGCAUAUCUGCCUGGAUGACCUUGACCCAGACUUUUUGACCUCCACUGUGCUACCAUCUGGUCUUGCCACAACCCAACAAGUCUACAAUGCAUUUCAGGCCCAAGCACUUUAUGCCAAGCAAAAGUAUGGCAUGCUUGCACGAACAACCAUAGCAUCAACACUGGACUGGACCAUGACAUCAACACCGGUCUGGACCAGUUCGGGAACAGACAUUUCAUCAUUUGGGGAUUUGAAGACCGACUUGUUAAAUUGUCCUCCAAUCAAACCAGGGAAGAAGGUUGAAUGGACCAUUGAAAUUUUGAAGGAUGCUGAAAAUGUCUGGCUUGGAAUGGUGGUUGCAGGAAAGGGGCAGUAUGGAAACAAAUGUGCCUGCCAUGAGAGAUUUGUAGGAGUGGCAUAUUGUGGAAAUGGGAUUGUGGAGUUUGAUGGUAGGACCAUUCGGGAUGGUGGACGGGUGUCUAGAUUUGAAUCAGGCUCAAAAGUCACGUUGACAUGGGAUGCGUCAACCGGAAAAGGGAGGCUGGAUGGAUCUGUGGAUGGAGGACUCGCAAAAAAUCUUCUAGACAUCGGCAAUCGUAAAGAAGGAUUCAUCCCUGCGGUGUCCACAAGAUACCCUGACUCCGUUCGCCUUUUGAGCAUCAAGGAGGUCUGGCCCUUUGGCUUUUGA